AUGGAAGAUCUUGCGCAGAAAGUGCAAUUGUUCUCGGAGAAAACCCUCCGAGAUAUCGCCAAAGGCCCAUUGGUGAAAUUUACACUGACAUGCCAAGAGAUUGAAAAGGUGAACCGGGUAUGGCAGUCGUUGGUUCAUACGCUAUCGACAGCAUCUAUCUCGCAACCUCAUUCUGCAGAGGCUUGCAAUGCUACCUCUGCUUUUAUUGAUGCUGCCACAAAGUCAAAAUGUGAUGCGACCCGACAGUUGAUUUUCUCACCAGAAGCAUGGCUGUCAAUAUUCGAUAUUUGUUUGACUCGAUAUGAAGACGCCAAACCAAAGCCCAUUAAAAAGCUCCUCGCCUCAAUCACUGUCAUCCUAGCCAAAAGUCACCAAGGAGCGACAAGAGAAGACCUACAAACUGCAAUCAUUAACGCCCUAACUCCUAGCAUUGUGCUUGGAGAGCCCCAAACACGACUCAAGGGGUCCCUAGUGUUUCUGGAGACAUUCAUUAGAAAGGAUGCCCUGUUACCAGGCGAGUUUAUCUCCUUAAUUCGCCAGUGGCUUUUGAAGAACACAGAUAGAUGGCCGACCCUGUUCACCAAUGAUUCUGAAACGCUGUCUCUCGGCGAACCAGGCCCCGCUUUUGACACUGCAUCUGGUAGCCUGUCCGAUGAAUUAGCAGCAAGGAUCUUUGUCCUCGGGCUCUUGAUCCAAACCAGCAAUAGAAUCAUGGCCGUGGCAGCUGGAAACUUACUCGCAAUGUUGCUCCAGAAGAUGAAGGCUGAAACCUCUCCGGAAAAGCUGUCAGCCAUGUGGGUAAUCCCAGUGAGACGCACGGCCUUACAAAACAUAGAAACGUUGGAAGAUGUGUCCAAUAGGCUCCUGCAGCCUCUGUUUACCAUUGACCCCCAUGGUUUCGAGGUCUUCCUUGACACCCUCCCAGUGAAGAGCCUUCUUAAAGGUGAUAUGACCGAUGCGCCUGAGGCAGAGUAUAUGGUUCUUUUUGCUGCUUUGCAGAUCGGCAAAAAAAUCAACUUGGUUCACGAAGAUUAUAUUUUCAACUUUGGUAAAUCCAAAAUCGACGAAAACGAGGUGUUGGUCAUGAAAAGCGACGUCAUUGGCAAAUUUCUCCUGCAUCGCGAGCCCAAUAUCCGUCUAGCGGCUCUAUCGCUGCUGAUCACGGCAUUUUCGACGGUAAAGCCAUUUACGGUGGGAGCGACGAAGGCUAUCCUUCGAGGGCUACCCUCCAUGCAUGCUGAAUCGGACGCACAUACUCGAGGAGAGGUUCUGAGUCUGACACGCAAAUUCUUUGUUCGUCUGAGAGGCGGCAUUGUCAAAGAUGAAGAUGUUGUCGAAAAGACCGAGAAAACAGUCAACAAGACAGCUCAAGGCCAGGUCAGGAAUGAAACCGAAACCACAGAGUUCCUAAAAGCAUACCUUAAGUUAUUGAGUAAUGACUUGCGUCUGGCGGCCUCGUACCCGCGCCACAUCACUGCUCUGAAAGCUCUGAAGCUCUUGUUGGACUCCGGUCUUGACCCGCGGAUCCAGGCCAAUCUUCAAAAAUCAGAGAUGGAAAAUCUUUGGAAAGUCCAGGUCGAAGUGUUUGAUCCUCAUCUACUCCGGUUGUUGAUUGAUCUCCUGCUCGAUCCGUUUGAGGAAGUUCGGCAAACUUCGCUUUCGAUCUUGAGUUUGUGCCCCCGAGAGAUUCUCCUCAACGGCUUGCACAACAACACAGACCAGCAAUCGGCUGUAGGCAUGCGGCUGACAGAUGCAAUUACCCGAGCGGAAAACCUGGCAAGUAACACGAGCAGAGCUGAUCACGCUGAUACUGUUGCUCGUCUAUACCACAUCAUCUUUUGCGCAGCCCUGCCAGUCAACUCCGGUCAACCGGCUUCUGAUUGGUGGACAACCAAGGCAUCAGUUGUUGACACAAUUUUGAAAAAGCUUGAGGAACGUCUGCUGGACUCCAAGACCCUUUUCAACUCCGUUAUGCGCGAGGCGCCACUUCAUGGAUAUACGUCCGGUCUUAGGUACAUUGUUCUUAUGCCGAACUUCCACUCCCUGAUAUCUGACGAGUCUGGAUCCACUGCUUGGCGGUCGGUCCAUGACCGCAUUGUUGCAAUUUGCGAUAAGAUCUGGCUCGAGGCGAAGCCUUUGCUGUGCAUAGACUCUCCCGAAGGUCACUCGGACGAGCCCACGGAGGAUUUGGAUGUGGGCCCCAAGGACGCCCUCUCUUAUUCCUGGAGAUCUCUUCGCGAAGCAAGCCUUUUGCUCCAUGCCACGCUGAUAAACACCAGUUACGGACCAAGCGGCGACCACGGCCUCAAUCUGGCGGAUUUCGCAAAUAUUGGAGGCGUGAGCUUCACACAGCUGGCUGAACUCCGUCAUAGAGGUGCAUUUUCCAACGUAUCACAGACAUUUGCCACAUGCUGUCAACGAUGCAGCGCCUCGAAGGAUCCGUCAAUUCGAGAACUUCCUAGGAGUUGGUAUCAGGAAGCUAAAUCGACUAUUUUUGGCACGGCGUCUCAACUCACUCGUCGGUCCGCUGGCUUGCCUGCAUUGGUGACCGGAAUUGUUGGCUCCGACCCUGGAACUCCAUUCUUCAAUGAUGCCAUUAAUGAACUCCAUGAAAUCUCAUCUCUUUCCGUACAGUACGACAAAGAGAGACAGUAUUUGGAGCUGCCCCAGGUUCAUGCAAUGAAUUGCCUGAAGGAUAUCUUCACCAACGCGAAGCUUGGCCCUCAUACAGAGCCAUUUAUCAUGAAGGCACUAACGCUGUCCGCUGAACGCCUAGGGUCGCCAAUUUGGGCCCUUCGCAAUUCAGGCCUGAUGCUCUUCCGUGCCCUACUCACAAAAAUGUGUCGGGUCAUUCCAGGCGCAGGACCUGGCUUUGGAGGAAAUUCCGGCUCAGAGCCUGGAUCCCGGAUAACAUUCCCUAAGUACCCUGGUCUGCUUGAACUGCUCUCUGGUCUUCUUACAACGAAGCUGGGUGAAGCAGCAGAGGGCACUGAAAUUAUCACCGAGCGUGUGUUCCCUGCGCUGGAACUUGUUGGUGACAAAGUCCCUAGCUUGGAUGAUCCUACUGAUGAUAUGCUGCGAGGAUUGGUCUCUGAGCACCUGCGCAGCCCGGUUUGGGGUGUUAGAGAGCAUGCAGCUCGUGUAUAUGCAUCAUUACUCACUCGAGAACAUAUUCCGCAAGAUUUACGCACCCUUGUUACGCUUCCCUCAGAGAUCACCGAGAAUCAUGUUCAUGGCAUUGCUUUGUGUGUGCGAUAUGCUCUUCGCCGGUACUCCUGCACCACCGAUGAUUUCUGGGCAUCAAACCUUGAUGGCCUUUUCACGACGUUGCGAACUGUAUUAGAAGUCCUAUUCCGUGUUGGAAAAUCGCCAACUGUAGCAGGCGAGCUUGUUGAAAUCCUCAAUGGCACUCUGGAGCGGGCGAUUCAAGCACAGAGCGAAACUCAAGUUAAUUCUUUCAUCAACAAGAUGUUUGAGGCUCACGACCUCGAUGGGAUUUUGAGAUUUGUGUUUGACGUUUCUCAAGCGGGAUGGAACCUCUCAAGCACUGUUAGAGCAUCUGCCAUAGUUAGAAGAGCGCUUGCUUGGUGCACAACAUUGAAAUUGCUCAUUUCACAGCAGUGGGAGCAGCUCCCAGCGUUCUUCAAUGGAGUAUCGCAGUUCGACGCAGAUGUCGCUCGUUGGGUUUUGGAGCAGCUCCACGAGUCACUUAGUGAAGACGAGAGUCGGCCAGAUGUGAAAACGAUGGCCGCAUCCAAUCUGGCUUCUAUUAUGGAGAACUUGAUAUCAUCACAGCUAGAUUCUGUGUCAAGUAUGGGCCUUCCAUGGGAUACCAUUGCGGAUAGCUUCCGCCCCGAAACAGAUAUCACAACUUGGAACCGAGAGGCAACAGAUGCUGAGCUCCGACUUCGAGGCUGUCUACUGGCCAUGCGGCUAUCUGUUGAUCAGACCGCUGCCUCAUUCGAAGGAGAUGUCCGCAGCUGGGCUAUCAAGCUUCGUUCUGCCUUGAGCGAGGAAACGGAAUUCACAACCCGUUUUGCUGCAGCCAUAUCUGUUGCCAGCUUUUCACGGGCUCUUAGAUCCCCCGGUUCCCAGCCAUGCGUGGAUGCGGUGCUGCUAGAUAUCUACCUGGUCUUGUAUGACUUGCUUAAUGAUGAUGACGACGAAAUUCGUGAUGUGGCAGCAUCAGCUGCUUCCUGGGUUUUGUCACACUCGUCCGUUUCCCCUAACGCAGAUGUGACCCUGGCGCCUUUGAAUGCAAGCACCCUGCUCGCCGACUUCAUCAUCGAUAAUUAUAAAGAUUCCGCAUACCUCGGGCAACGAGUUCUUCGAUAUUUGACUGGCCAAGAGCCAAGGAUCAGUGGAUCUGACGAAUUCAGUCACUUGGUUGCCGUGUCGGACCAGAUCAAAGAAUAUCGCCAAGAGAGCACCGUUCUCUUCGAAGAGGAGAAGCAGAAUCUAUUUAUUGAUGAUGUGCGUGAGGUUGAGGUUUGGUCGCGUGCUCUGUUGCGGUUGACUCGUUCGACAUACACUAAGAUCUCCUUGGAUGAAACUUCUGCCUGGGCCUAUGACGGAUUAACAUAUUUCUGUUCUCUCGUUGGCUCCGAGAAAGAGCCAGAUGGACUUCUUGGUUGGGUCUCAAAGCCCGAGAUCUUCAACCUGGGUCUCCGUGUUAUUGUCAUCUCUUCUGCUCUAAGCUCGGAAGUCUUCCAGGUAGACCUGCCGGUGCAGCCAAAUGCCUUCCGGACAUCGCUUGAAUCUUUCUUAAGCGCGGGCAGAUUGUCGUCAAUCCAUGAGGAUUGGUUGUCGAAAAUUCAGGCUGGACUGGAAAUGCACAUCUUCAAUCCACUUCUCCUGCACACUCUCCAUCACCUCAAGCCAAUCUUCACUGCUUACACCAUGCAGAACAAUGUUCUGAUUGGGGUGCUUCUGGGGGUAGCAUUCUCUAUCCCAGUCUUCGCAUGGUUGUUCUACCUUUGGUAUAAAUCACAUCUCACCCAGACGCAGCAAGAAUGUCAAAUCUUCGAGAGAAGAAGCCAGGAUCGCGCCCAGGCCAACUAUGAGUCCGCGAAUGAAGCCCCAAAUUACACCAUUGGACCCUACUUUACCCCUCGGGGUUGGGUUCGCCCAAAGACCCGAGGAUCAUCUCAUGCCCUGCGUCCGCCACAGCUAAACCAAGCGAACAAUCAGAGUGCCCAGACGGUGAAUCAGCAGCCAAACCUAUUAUCUAAUCGGCAGCAAAGGAAACAACGAGCGUUACAAAACAAACAAAAGCAGCAGGAGCAACAGCCAAGUCAGAAUGAGCAGGGGGGCAAGCAGAAUCGAAACAACCAGCGAAAACAGAAGAAUAAGAACCAAGGCCAGAACAAGCAGAAGUCCCCCACUGCUCAGUUUCCCAAAGCCCAAUCACCCAAACCCAAAGGGGGCCAUGGCGAGCAACACAAUCAGCGGGGGAACACGGAAGGGCAAAAUGACCAAAGGAGCAACCAUGAUGGUGGGACUGGCUGGGGAAAUGGUCGAAGCUCAUGGGAUAAUCCACACAAUACUAGCCAGAAAGCUAAUUAUAACAACAACAACUUGGGCGGCAAUGUGAACCAUGGCCAAGGAGAGCAGAGAAACAGUCGAUCACGUUCCCCACGACGAAAUUCACGAGACAAUCAGGAGAAUCACGGCUGGGGUACGAGUGACCAUGGUGCACAGCAAAAUAGUGAUUUACAGAGCCACCAUUCCAACGAAGAUCACCACCACCCCAACAAUGGAUGGGGAGAUGACUACAAAAGUCAACACAAGGAAAACAAGAGUAACUGGUGUACAUCCCCGGAGCCAGAACCAAGAGGACAAUCAAGCCCUAAUCGUGAUUGGGGACAUAAUGACGAUGAGGGGCGCAGAAACCACAGCCGUAACAGCUCCGGCAACUGGGGGCAUGCAGAAGAACACCGUGGUGGUGACGAUGAAUCUUGGAGGAAAGAUGCAAAUGUGUAUGGGGACAAAAAGAAGGGGAAGAGGGAGAAGAAGAAGAAGAAGGAGCGCUGGCAGAUUGAAUUGGAAGAGAAUAUGAAGAGAGGUCUUAGUCGAAGCCCCUCACGCGGAGGAUCGGAUCGAGGAUGGGACGCGCGUAGCCGGGCUUCAGGCUGGAAAGAAACACAGGACUGGUGA